AGUUGAUGUUCGACCACGAAGACGAAUAGUGGUGUCCGGUAAAAAAGAGACAAGAGUGUUAUUUGAUAAGACUGUGAAACAUUUACUGGACAUUCUUCUGGAUUAAAUGAUGAUAAAUGUGAUUACUUUUCCACCGAAUUUUUUGUGUUAGGAGUGCUUUGUGAGUGAUUAUCGAAGCAGAAAGGUGCUAAAGAAGUGUUGGUCUUUUAAAGAGGACAAUAGAUGUGUUUUUUUUACAUUUAAAAAGAAAACUCAUUAAUCCCGCUUAAGGACACUAAAGACAUUGAUGGAUCUAUGGACUGAAAUAAUUGUAAAAUUGUGAAUGUUGGUUGAAAGUUAAGGGCUCUCAAAAUGAAGUGUCAUGGUGUAACUAGAUGCUGGCAGGAAGAAUGAAAUGGAUCCACAACAGGUGAUUCGUGUGUGUGUUAAUCAGGAAGUGUGGUGCAGUUGAUGCUGGAAGGGUUAACAAGGAAUGUCGCUGUAGUGACCAAAUCAUCACACACUUCCGCGUGAAAAUCUCUGGGUAUAAUUGUUGUUUGCUGACGUAUGGCGAUGUACUAUUACGCCAGUAAAUUGUCGGCCGUGGCAUGUGGGGCACGGUGCAAGCAGAGUGUGUCCCAGAGGAACCGGCGCCGUGGUACAGGACGCCGAAGCGUAGGCGGAAGUUGCAGCGAGGAUGAUGAGAAGGAUGAUGACAACGAUGACAACGAUACUGCAGACCAUUAUGCUACGACAAAAUCAUCCUCCAGUCAGUUAGAUAGUGACCCAAAAACCAUCCACGGCACUUCAACCCAACCCCCGGAAGUGGCAUGCGAGAAUCCACCACCCAGCUUGGCGAAUGCUGCUCUGGGGCCAGGUGGUGUAAUGUACAGCAAUGGAAAUGCGGUUUCCGGUCCCCUGGAUUCAUUAAUUGACCUCCUUAUACCGGCCAAGUGUGAUGAAUUCGAUAAGGACUAUGUGUUUUCCUUUCUUCUGUCAUCUCGCUUGUUUGUUCGCCCUCACGAACUCCUCGGGCGACUUCUGUCUUCCGUACCUGACCACGAGCCACUGGAUCGCCUUGUCGGACUUCUCGGAUUGUGGACCAAGACCUUCCCAUACGAUUUCCGAGAUGAGAGAAUCAUGUGUCACGUGAAACAUAUCGUUGCCAGAUGUGCAAACACUGAACUUGGUGAUAGAGUCUCCGACUUACUGUGUGCCUUGCUAAAUCGUCUCACCGAUCUGGAACAUCACGAGGAAGAGUUGCGUGCCUGCCAGUCCAACACAGAAAAAACGAACAUGAAGUGGACGUCAGCAUCUCAACUGGCUCAAUUGCUGUGUCGCAUCGAGCGGAAAUUGGCGAAGCAUGUGGGACCGGAAGAGUUCCUUCAGUGCAACGGCAAUGUUCUGAGCAAGCAGGAAGGUUCAUCAGUUUGUGCACAAAAUGGAACACCCGGAAAUCAGGAUCCAAAGAAGACUUGCAACUUGGAAACUUAUUUAGAUUGGUCUGCACGGCUUCGUCUCUUGGUGUCCAAUGAUAUUCUUCAGUGCGACGGAAUCACAGAGAGAAGUCGAAUUGUUGAGAUGUGGAGUGGUGCUGCUCAAUACUGUCUUCUGGUUGGAAACUACAACAGUGCAACAGCGAUCCUUGAAUCCCUGGAUGCGACUCCCGUGGCGCGACUCACUGGCACGUGGAGCAAAUUGUCGUCAACAAGUCAACAGUUGGAUUGCAUGCAGAGGCACGCUGAAGGAUGUGGGGAUUUGUGGCACAAACAGACUGAAAGCUCGAUGGAAAGUGGCACAGCCACCGAUAAGAUCAGGCAUCAGAAACAGAAAUCCACCACGCACAUCUCGCCCAAAGUCAAAUCCAGCGAUUGGGUUGUAAUCCCCGUCUUUGCCGACAUUGUACGAUUGGCCUUAAUAGCACGUGAAGACUGCUUGACGAAGUUGCCAAACGGACAUCUGAAUGUGGCCGCUUUUGAUCGAUUAGCGGCCGUUGUGGGUGCCUUCGCGCGUCACAUGAGCGAUGUUAGUGCUCCCCUGGCCACUCCGGGAGAAUUCGAAUCCCUCUGGCGACAUAUGCAGCAGUGCAAUUUGCUCAAUGAGACGGAUCUGCUCCUGGCAUCGUUCGACUGCGAACCACCCACUGCGAGUGAGAAGCUCAACUACAACAUUGUUUAGUUGGAGUGUGAAUAUUAAUUGCUUGAGUUGUUGCAAUUUUCUACAGUGUUACAGUUUUUUAUUAGUAAAACCACCCCAAACCCUCUUGGUUUGUUCACACGUUGCACAAGUUGUGCAGAAAAGAAAGAUACGCUAAAUUGGUUUGCUCUCUGACGGUGCAAAAUAUAUAGUUGAUUUCUCUUAAACUAUGCUCUUUAAUAGAUUUUUUUUUGUUGUCUCUAUAGAGGGAAGUGGGGCACCUUUGAAAUUGGGAUUUUUCACCUAUUUUUAAGCGGAACUGAGCCAUAUCAUAAUCCAAUUUAGAUUUUGAUUCUGUUUGUGCUGCUAAAUUACAUCACAAUAAGGCUCAAUUUUAUUUAAAAAUAGGUGAAAAAUCCCAAUUUCUAAGGUGCUCAAAAGGUGCCCCAAUUCCCCUAGCUUUUUUUGUUUUUAUUAGAGCAAAUUUAGUAUCUAUUUUAUUCAUUUAGAAAAGAACAAAAAUUGGAAACAAAUAUAACAGGCAACAUAGAAAACCAGUGAUAAGCCCAGAUAAGCUUGUGAUAGCUGAGAUUAUUGACAGUCGACUUUGAAAUGCGUGCAACUUUAGGUGCUUGAAACUCGGAAUAAAUAAAAAAUCUAUUGUAGUUGAAUUUUGGGGGAAAGAAUCGCAUCAAGUGUUCUCGGCGGUCGAAAUGGAUUACAUUGGCUCAACGCGAAUCUUUACCCACAAAAUUCAACUAACACUGGAAUUUUCAAGCAUUCCGAGUUGCAUGUAUUUCAAAGCCACCUGUAAAGAAUCUCAGGUAACCGUAAGCUUAUCUGGACUUAUCACUGAACAUUUUCUAUUUUAAAUAGUUUGAGUACAUAAAGAGAUAGAGUCCGGUCAAUUUUGUUAUAGUAAAGGUCGGGGUACUGUGGGGUAGAUUGGGGACGCAUGCAUGCAAAUUUCAUCAAAAUCGCUUCAUAACCACCGAAAAUGCAGCCUCAUGGGAAAUUCUGUAACAGUAUGAUAAUGUUCUGUAACAAAUUUUCGUGGUAAAAUUCAGAACCAGUAAAGUAAUACUGUAACACUUGCAAUGCAAUAAUAUGACAAAUUGCCAAGAUUGCCAUAUAAGUUGCGUUCGAAUCUCAGGAGCGCUUUUUUGAAAAUGUGAUUCUGUAGCCAUGACAUUGUCAUUUGAGCUCACGUGGCAUUCAAAAGUCACGUAUUUGAAAAUUCUGGCUAUACAAAUGACAAUGAAUUUUAUUAAACAAAAAACUAUGACGGACUGUAUUUAAGUAAUAAGGGAAGAGCACCAGCGAUCGGUGGUGUUCCUCGGAUCGUCAGGUUAAUACCGUAUUUUUACUCCAAUUAAAAAGAAUUUUUUACAAAUUAUUAGCUACUUUUUAUCAUUUAUCCUUAGAUACCUCAUUAAAUUCAUGACGAUCCGAGGUAGAGAAUGCAAGUUUGCAAUUACCCCUAUUUUUUUGUAAAUAUUAAAAAUUCAAAUGCACUGAUAUAGUUAGAUGGAUAAUUAACACACCAAUUAGCAAAAAGAGAAAUACCAAAUAGUAUUUAGAAGGUUAUAUUCUCAACUAAAUAUGGAUGAGCAUGUCCCUUAACAUUCCGAUACGUGACACUCUUCCCUUAUUAUUAAGUGAAAGGAUAUAAUAAAAAAAUCAAUUAAUUGCAUUUUCAAACUCAUAUGUUAUGUGAAAAACAGUUCGAUUGGCAUUGUCAGGUUUCGAACUCACGUGUGACAAUACCACAGAAAUUACAAAAUUGCCCCACAGGAUCACAAAAAAGCCCAGUUAGCAUCGAAUGGCCAUCGCAAGGAGCUUUAUGAAGCUUUUAGUAACUGUUAAGAGUCGGAUUUACAAUUAUUUCUUUAGAAUUUUCCACAUAAAAGAAAUUAAAUUUGUCAUAUGAUAUUAUCAUACUGUUACAGAAUUCUCCUACUGGUCAAGACAUUUUUGGUUAUAGCUCGUCAGGGAACAUCGAGGGAGGAGUGCGACCCACCAUUGGAAAGGCCUCGUCCUCAACUACAAUAUACUAAAAUUUAAAGAAAAAGCAUAAUCUAGAUUUCGAAAUGUUCAACAUCGAAUUUUUGAAAGUCGAUUUUUCGAUUGAUCGGACUUUCGAUUAAAUCGAAUGCAGUAUGGUGUGUUAAAAAGAAUGUCGUAUUCCAUGAGAGCUUUCCAAAACAUCAUUUUUUUCAAAUUCUGGCAAUUAGGUCCGGAGUUAUGGCCAUUUCAAAAUUAAAUUUUUGAUCCCUUCAAGCUCGGGUCAUAUCACCCUAAACACACUUACGACUUAAGCCGAGAGAAGACUUAGUGAAAAAUGAAGUUUAACCAUUAUGUCGAAUAUAAUUACUCUUAGCCAUAACUCGGCAAAUCCUCAAGUCUGUCAAAGCCUAUAGAUGUCGGGGGGCUUAGUUUUUUUUUUUUUAAAUCGAAAGCUUUUAGGCCCAACUAUAACAUACUACAGGAGUUCCGCUUUCAAAGAAAUUUUCGGGACCGAAAAAGAGGCCGCGAAUUCACUCCAAUGACACAGAAAAAUUGAAAACCCACAGGAUAGGUCUUUGAAAUAAGUUACGGAAACGCCGUGAUGUAUGCAAAACAUGCAAAACAUUUUCGGCGUCAAUUUUUAAGCCUGUUUUCAGCGCCAACACUUCAUAAGAAGUGCAUUUCUAAUACACAGGGGCAUUUCAAAAAUUAUUUUAUAAAUGAGUUCCCAAUAGUAGGCAAUUCAUACCAAUUUUUUUCAAUCCGUUUUCACUUAAGCCGGAAGUCCCUGGAAAAUUUGAGGCCGGUUAAUGUCAUAAGAGCUGAGUUACACUCGACUCUUCGUUAUCCGGCUGACUGGGGGACAAAAUUACAUUUAGGUUUUUUGAAACGGUUUUUCAAUUUUGUGCUGCGUGAAUUUAUUUUCUGUCUGACAAAGAACAAGAGAAUUUUCUUCAUGGUGUGCUUAUGUUUCAUUUUUUAUCACAAUUACGUAUUAAAAACUUCGAUACAAUGAUAAUAAUACUUUAAUUCACACUGGACAAACUUCACGUUUAGUAAAAAUAAUUUUGAAUACAUCAACCGCCAGUGUUUGGCAGCUGUCACCCGGAUAACGAAGAGCUGAGUGUAUUGAGAUAACAAAAUUUAGGAGUAUUUCUUCACAUGGAAGGAAGGGCCCCUACCUACACUCCCUUCUGACAUCUGACAUCACUUACUUCUUGCCGCCCAUCGACAUUUAACCUCUGCCGAAAACCACUUGUCCGAUAUCUCUCUCCGUUCUCUCUUCAGAAGCGUUUGUACUCCGGACGGGACGGGACGUCCACGAAAAUCGAUUUUUAGCAUAUAUGAUACAGUAGACUAGACUCUCGCUAAUUCGGCUCUUUCAAGAUCGGGCUACUUUUUAAUUCGGGCGGCAGUUAAAUUUGAAAAAAGUUUGUUGACAUUUUUCAAGUUAGGAUUAUUAUUAUCAAAUAAAGCAAAUAUCCUUAAAUUUGCCAUGGUUUGUCUUAGUUAUGAUGUGAUUUUGCAUUUUUGGAGUUAAUCAUGAAAUUUACCAUAAAUAUAGGUACAAUAGACUCUCGCAAAUUCGGCUCUUUUAAGAUCGGGCUACUUUUUAAUUCGGGCAGCGGUUACAUUUGAAAAAAGUUUGUUGUUAUUUUUCAAGUUUGAUUAUGAUUAUCAAAUGAAUCAAAUAUGCUCAAAUUUGGCAUGGUUUGUCUUAGUUUUGAUGUGAUUUUGCAUUAUUGAGGGAUUUUCAUGCAAUUUACGUUAUAUAUGAGUGUGUAAACUCAAUAUCUAUAUGCAUAUGAAUAAAAAAUCGUUGCAUGUCAAAAACUUAGUCGCUCGAAUUUCUGUCUAAUUCGGCUGACAUUUCGAUCCCAAAUGCCCGAAUUUGAGAAAGUCUAAUGUACAGUAGACUCUCUCUCUCUCAAUCGGGAAUAUGGGGCAAAAUGUCAUCCAAAUUAUCGAGAGAUUUGGGCGUCAAAGUUAUUGUAAAUUCCACAAAAAGCGCUCAAUUAUAAAGAAUCACGAUAAAAUAGGAAGAACUACAGCGAAUUUGAGCAAAUUAGCUUCAUAAUUAAGCGUGAAAACUGUCAACAAAAUUCGUCGCCCGAUUGAAAAAAGCCGAUUGAGGAGAGUCUACUGUAUUCAUGAUUUCUGAGUGUCAAAACGUGUGCAUCCAAAAGUUGUGCCUGAUCUUACAAGGUCGGAUUUGACCUCUGACCACAAAAGCUGUAAAGAACCUCAGCUAUAGAACAGGUCAAGACAAGACAAAAUAUAUUCUUUUCAAUUUUAUUUUUUGUUUAAUCUUGGUCCUUCCGUAUGUUUAUAGCAGAAAAAAUAUAAGUCAAUUUUAUUUUCCGCAUAAAACAAAGUUCCUUUUUUGAUAAGUUUAUUUGCAAAUCAUUUAUAAAUACAGAAAAUUUCAGAAAUAGUUGUUAAGCUUAUGCAAUAUUGAGUGUCAUACGAUAACCCAGUUCUUAAACGAAUAGCAUUAUCUGUAUAACAUUCAGCGCCAUCUCUUGGAGCAAUCCACUUUCAAGUACUUCGUUGAUUAGUUACUUUAACAAAUGUUUUUUCUCUGUGUAUCAAAGCCAUAUUAGUGCAUUUUUU